AUGACCGAGAAAACCCCAAAGGAAAUGACCGAGGAACCCCAAAGGAAAAUGCCGAGGACCCAAGGAAGUGACCGGGAACCCCAAGGAAAUGCCGAGGGAACCCCCGGAAGUGACGAGGCUCCCGGUGACCGAGGAACCCCAAAGGGGUUACCGAGGAAACCCCAAAGGAAUGACCGAGGAACCCAAGAAAGGGGCCCGGGGAACCCCGGAAAUGCGAGGGAAACCCCAAAAAUGCCGGGAAACCCAAGGGGUAACCGAGGGAACCAAGGAAAUGACCGGGAACCCAAGGAAGUGCCCAGGAACCCAAAGGGAAAUGACCGGGAACCCAAGGAAAUGACAGAGGCUCCGAAUGACCGGGACCCAAAGGGAAUUUUCCGGGAACCCAAGGAAGUGCCGGGAACCCAAGGGGUGACCGAGGCUCCCCCGGGAAUGACCGAGGAACCCCGGAAGUGA